AUGCUAUGUUGAAAAAGACUAUUUAAUUGAACAGCUCUCUGGAAGCAUUUGUUGAAUCAUUUUUUAAAGUUAUGUGUUCGCAACGGAUAAAUCGAGACCAGGUUAUGGCCACAACCGUUUUAAAGAAGAAAGUGUCACAUUUUGAAAAAGGAUCGCCGGAAGAAAAGUAUUUGAGUGUAUUGACAAAAUAUGCUUUUAAUCGUGUGAACUGUGAAAUGGAAGCAAUGAAAAAGGUAAAGCAGGCCUGCCUUGAGCAUUACGGAAGUACUUGCGAUUCAUGUUCGUGCCAAUUUUCCAUUUCAAUGAGACUGCCAUGCAGACACAUUUUUAUUGUAAGAGAUCAGCAGAAUUUGAAUUUAUUUGGCCAGAAUCUAUUUGAUAAGCGGUGGGGCAAAGAUUAUUUUAUACAAGUUUGUUCAGAAAUGCAGUCAGCAGAAAGUCCUAUUUUAAAUAGUCAGGAUGUGAUAUCUGUUACAACUUCCAAGAAAACUUUAACGAAAAAUCAAAGAUUUAACCAGGCCUUAAUUUUCGGACGUAGUUUAGCUGAUUUUGUAGCGGAAUUUACAGGAGAUAUCUAUGACCAAUUUCUUGCUGAGAUGAUGGAAUUAUUAACUAAAUGGAAAAUUGAACUUGGAUAUAUCGAUCAGGCACAUUCUUCAAAAAUUCAGCAAACAUCAAAAGAAAGAGAAUCAACGAGUCAACCUUCUUCCGAGAGUCAACAAGAACCAACAUUUGAUGAUGAAGCACCUUCUUCCGAAAUUUAUCAUGAACCAGAAUCUGAUGGCCAAGUACUUUCUUUCGAGGGUCAACAAGAACCAACAUUUGAUGAUGAAGCACCUUCUUUCGAAAUUUAUCAUGAACCAGAAUCUGAUGGCCAAGUACUUUCUUUCGAGGGUCAACAAGAACCAACAUUUGGUGAUGAAGCACCUUUUUUCGAGGGUCAACAUGAACCAGCUUAUGAUGAUGAAGCACCUUCUUCCGAAAUUCAUCAUGAACUAGAAUCUGAUGGCCAAACACCUUCUUCUGUAAUUCAAGAAGAACCAACAUCUGGAGUGGGAUUACAAAUAGUGACAGCGCUACGAAGAUUUCGCUACGUAGCGAUUCAAAGCUACAUUCACUUUAAAAAAUUUUCUAGCUAUCGGGUGACUAAAAAAUAGUAUCAUUUUGAUAAAUUUAGGUUGGUACAAUUGUUUUUCUGUGUAUUUUUUUUCUCAUAUUUGCUUUAUUUUAUAAUUUAACAAUUUUUUUUUGGAAUCAAGAAUGUAUCAAAUUCAUAAGGAUUUCCCACGAUGAAGAAAUGAAGCAAUUUAAAGAAGUAUCUAAAAGACUGACA